GAAGUAAAGUAGACAUUAGCUCCUAAAAAUGGAUAGUGAAGUUGAGGUAUGAACUAUAUGUAAUCACCCACCCAAUAAAAUGAUCUACAAUAAUGAAAUAUGAGAGAGAGAAAAACUCAACCUCCACUUCCCCACUCCUCAAAUCCCUAUAUGAUAUUUUGCUUGAUUAAACACAAACAAAAGGAGAAGAUGAGAAAGCAUAGUUGAGAAGUUACGUUAGGAGAAUUUAGUAAUUUAACGAAAAUCGAGACAGCGAUAGUGAGCUGUGGUUGGGAGAGCAUCCAAUCUAAUUGCAUCUCCCACCCAUCCCAUUUUCUAUUCUCACCCCCCUCCUUCUCUCUUUUCUUUCAUCUUCUUCUUUACAUAUUCAUUCAUUCUCCUUCUUCUCUUUCUUCAUUCCCAUCCCAAAUGAGAUCCUACUCCAUCCCUAAAUUGAAACCAAAACCCUAAUCCCAAUCCCAAUUCAAAUUCCACAAUGACCAUACCAAAACCCUAAAACUCCACACACCAAAAUUAUAAAUUGAAACCCCUUUCUCGAUUGAUUCAACCUUUUUUCAUUCAUUCAUUACCAUUAUCAUCCAUAGAUUAAUAAAUGGGUGCAGCUUCAAUGAUUUGGAACCCAGACCUAAUCCAUUAUCUAUGCAUUGCAAAAUCGACAACAAUCCUCGCACAUCACAUUAAAAACACCAAAGAUUCAAACUUUGAAUCAUUGGCCUCUGAAUGCUUAACAAAAACCCCUCCAAAUCACUCAUUCUUCUCUCACACCGUUAAUAAUCUCACCUACACAUUCCUCAUCGACCCUACCUUCGUUAUCUUCGCUAUCUUCGAUCACCACCUUCUCAAAUCUCAUGCACUCGCUUUCCUUAACCGUGUCAGAUCCUCCCUCAUCGAAACCCUAAAUCAAAAUGACAACUUUGUCCCUUUCUCCCUUCAGACACAAUUCGAUUCAGUUUUCAACGAAACCCUAAAUUUCUAUGAUUUAUCUCCUUCCGGUAACGAGAAGAGUUCGCCGUUGACCACGCUUCCUCUAAUUGGGAAACCUGGUGAAGGCUUGAAGAAAAAGAAGAGACUUAUUGACGAUGGAAAAGACGCUGCGUUGGUUGAUUUAUCAGACGACGCCGUUUCGUUGCCGUUUGCAAAGGUGAAUGAUCGUCAGAAAGCGAAGCAUGUAUGGAAAAAGCACGUUUGGGUUGUGUUGUUGCUUGAUUUGUUUGUUUGUGCGGUUUUGUUUGUUAUUUGGUUAUGGGUUUGCAGCGGUUUCAAAUGCAUGGCUUAUUGAAUUUUCAAAUCCCAAAUUUUUCUUCAAGAAGAAAAAAUGGCCACUUUUUUUUUUUUUUUUCUGUUACGGUUUUUUUUGUCCCUUCUAUGAGGGGAUUCUUAGUUUCUCGUUUAAUGGAAGUGCAGAAUAUAGAUUUGGAGGAAAAUCGGUAUUUCCAUGUAAUUGGGGUUUCGGUUGCUUUUUCAUCAGUUUUUUUUUUUUGUUCCUUUUUUCUUGAUGGAAAUUGCAUCCGAAGAUCUUGUUAUUUUCCGGACAAUCCUGGUCUGAUCGUGUUUUGUCUCAUACAAUUGUUUGAGAAUUUGUAUUUGCUCAAUUGUGCAAAGUUACAGUUUCCUCAUUUCAGGUGUUUAAUAUCUGUUCUAUAUACUGACUACUGAGCAUUAUUGAUUGUUA